AUGGACGAUGUUCUUCUGCCUUGGUUGCUGAGUGCGAAAGUUGAUGAAGACGAAGAAUGGGGCUUGACCCAACAGUCCGUUAGGGAGUUGGUCGACUCGCGUCCAUAUCACGGCGACUUUGUUCUCGCUACCCUCACUCGGCUCUGUACGGAGCUCAGAAGCCUCACCGUAAGUGCAGAGCUUACUACCAACGAAGACGAGCAAGAGAAACCGAAAGACAAGCAAGAGAAUUGGCUGGAGGAUAUCAUCAUGGACUCGGCCCUGCCGUGCAUUAGGGAUUCCCAGCUGCCGCUUCCGAGACUCAACAAGCUCACAAUGCUUUCCGUUCAACACGAUCGUGAUCCGUACGAUUUUCUACCCGACUUCAUCGAAUUCGAAGACAGUGCGGACCCAACCAAUAUGUCCUUGUUUGAUGACCCCGGGGUGGAUCAGUAUAUGUCAGACACAUUGGCGAACGCGUUGUACCUUCCCAGCCUCACAGCUCUGGACAUGGCACGAGUUGGACAUGUCGGAGACUGGACAAACAGGUUUCAUGCGAAGGACUACUUCAGGAGUUGGGCGCUACCUACCAAGCUCCACAAUCCCGUCAAUCUGAAGAUCCUGCGCAUUCAGUACUCGGAGGUGCAACCGGCAGAAAUCGAAGUUUUGCUGAGACACACACCUCAGCUUGAAGUUCUCUCCUGCGAUAUCGGGCUUCAAGACGAGUCGAUGCACGGUUGUCUCGACGGCUUUCAAGAAGCUUUCCACCACGUCCAAAACACUCUGCGUCAUCUCGCACUCCGUAUCCGAAGAGGAACUUACAGAGGCAGUCUGGGGUCCCUCAAGCAUCUCCACAACCUCGAGGUUCUCUUGAUAUCCUUGGGCAUGAUUUACGAUGCCGAUCAGGCUAGGUUGCCACAGCUGGCUGAGGUUUUACCAGCGAACCUUCGGGAACUCGGCUUGGGCGAAUGCCUCAUGCGCGACGACCCGUUGUGGUCUUGGGAAGAGGAAAGACUGCUGCAACAUGUGAGGACCUACUGGCAGCGUCGUUCACCAAAGCUUCAGUUCAUUUGUGCAGAAAUGCCAACAAUUCAUCGCAGUUGGUUUUACGGCGGAGAAACACGUGGUGUUGGAAGCCAGAGGUUAUUUGACUAUAUGUUCAAUGGAAGACACAAUGACAGUGUCGUAUGA